AUGUCCACUCUCCAGAAAGAAGCCGCCACCCAGACUUCUGGAAAAGGAAUGGAAGAGAUAAUCAAACGAAUGAAAUCGAUGGCUCCGUACAAAUGCUUGGAAAAAGCUGUUCCCGGAAGAAGCAAACAACCAAAGAUGCCACCAAAGCCCCUUCCGAAACAGCCUUCAAAUGCAGCUUCCGUCACCAAAAUUUUGGGAAAUAGAGAUAAAAAAAUGAAAACGCUCAAGAGGAAAAAAGUAACCUUUCAAGAAGACAAAGGGAAGAUAGUCAACGAAUGA